AACGCAAGCUUGAGAAGCUAAGAAACAACAAUAGUCAUGGCACCGCAUUCUAAAAAACCGCAUAAGAAGAAGGUUUCAGGAGAUAAACCAAAAAUCAAUAAAGCCUCUAAGAAAAUAUUCAAACCCAAGAGGGAGCAAAACGACGCCGUCGCCGCCGCUAAGUCAGAGACACUCGCUUUGCAACUCGAAGACGAUGUUCCCGAUUUCCCUCGAGGUGGUGAAUUUUCUGUGAAGCGAAGGAAUGAUGAUGAUGAGUUUGGGGCCGAGGAUCACUCGAGAAAGACGAAGAAGAAUUGGAAGAAGGGGAAAACCACGUUUAGUAAGAGUAAUGAACCCGCAGAUGAUUUGGGCUUGCUUUCCGGUGACCGUAUCACUGGAAAAUUGCCGCGGCGUGUGAAUAGAAUUACUCUCAAGAAUAUAACUCCUGGAAUGAAGCUUUGGGGAGUUGUCGCUGAAGUAAAUGAAAAAGACCUUGUAGUUAGUUUACCUGGGGGUUUACGAGGAUUAGUUCAUGCUUCAGAUGCACUGGAUCCUAUUUUUGACAACAAAGUUGAGGUUGCAGAAAGUUUCCUUUCUGGUGUAUUUUGUGUUGGGCAGCUGGUUUCUUGUGUUGUGCUAAGAUUGGAUGAUGACAAGAAAGAGAAAGGAAGCAGGAAAAUUUGGCUUUCUUUGCGUCUUUCUUUGUUGCACAAGAACUACAACUUGGAUGUUGUUCAGGAAGGCAUGGUCCUUGCUGCAUAUGUGAAAAGCAUUGAAGACCAUGGUUACAUUCUUCAUUUUGGUUUGUCUUCUUUCACGGGGUUCUUACCGAAAAACAGCUCUGCUGAAAGCUGGGGUGGUGAAGUAAAGAUGGGAAAACUUAUGCAGGGUUUGGUUAGGAGCAUUGAUAAAGUUCGUAGAGUGGUUUACUUGAGUUCUGACCCUGGUACAAUGUCCAAAAGUGUGACCAAGGAUCUUAGAGGUAUGUCAAUAGAUCUUCUAGUUCCAGGAAUGAUGGUUAAUGCUCGUGUGAAGUCAAUCCUUGAGAAUGGUGUUAUGCUAUCAUUUCUCACAUACUUCACUGGAACUGUUGAUCUGUGUCAUUUACAUAAUAUUUAUCCUGGAAAUAACUGGAAGGAUAAGUACAGUGAAGCUCAGAAGGUUUUUUCUCGGAUAUUAUUCAUUGAUCCAUCAAGUAGAGCUGUUGGUUUGACACUGAAUCCACAUCUUAUUCAAAACAGGGCCCCUCCUUCUUAUGUGAAAAUUGGAGAUAUAUAUGACAACUCAAGAGUUGUUAGGGUGGAUAAAGGAUCAGGACUAUUGCUUGAAGUUCCAUCUAUUCCUGAGCCAACUCCAGCUUUUGUUAGUAUAUCUGAUAUUGCUGAGGAGAUCCAAAAACUUGAGAAGAAGUACAAGGAAGGAAAUCAUGUUCGUGUUCGGAUUCUUGGGUUAAGGCAUUUGGAAGGAAUUGCUACUGGAGUUUUGAAGGCUAGUGCUUUUGAAGAGGCAGUGUUUACUCAUUCUGAUGUCAAGCCAGGCAUGGUGGUGAAAGCUAAGAUUCUUUCAGUUGACAGCUUUGGUGCUAUAGUGCAAAUUCCUGGUGGUGUGAAGGCACUUUGUCCUCUUCCACAUAUGUCUGAAUUGGAAAUGUCAAAGCCUGGAAAAAAAUUCAAGGUGGGAGCUGAAUUGGUGUUCCGUGUGCUUGGUUGCAAGUCAAAAAGAGUGACAGUUACACACAAGAAAACCCUUGUGAAAUCAAAGCUUGGGAUUAUCAGUUCUUAUGCUGAUGCAACAGACGGUUUGAUAACGCAUGGAUGGAUAACUAAGAUCGAAGUUCAUGGAUGCUUUGUACGGUUUUACAAUGGUGUUCAAGGAUUUGCUCCUAGAUCUGAACUUGGAUUAGAGCCAGGUGCUGAUCCAGGUACAGUGUACCAUGUUGGUCAAGUUGUCAAAUGCCGGGUCACAAGUUCCAUUCCUGCUUCACGGAGGAUCAACCUUAGUUUUGUAAUAAAGCCCACAAGGGUUACUGAAGGUGAUAUGGUUACAUUGGGUAGCCUUGUUUCAGGAGUUGUUGACAGAAUAGCAUCUAAUGCUGUAGUUGUUUGUGUCAAUGCAAGUGGUUUCUCAAGGGGUACAAUAUCUGAGGAGCACUUGGCGGAUCAUCAUGGACAAGCUAUUUUGAUGAAAUCUGUGUUGAAACCUGGGUAUAAUUUUGAUCAACUACUGGUUCUAGAUGUUAAGGGGAAUAAUUUGGUUCUGUCUGCCAAAAGUUCACUCAUCAAAUAUGCUCAGCAGAUUCCUGCAAAUAUCAGUCAGAUACAACCUAACUCUGUUGUGCAUGGCUAUAUAUGUAACUUGAUUGAGACAGGCUGCUUUGUUCGUUUCCUUGGUCAUUUAACCGGUUUCGCUCCAAGAAAUAAGGCUGCAGAUGACCAGAAAACCAAUAUUUUGGAAGCCUAUUAUGUUGGACAAUCAGUUCGCAGUAAUGUAUCCAAUAUUAGUAGUGAAACUGGUAGAGUGACACUUUCUCUAAAGCAGACAGCAUGUUCUUCAACUGAUGCAUCAUUUAUUCAGGACUACUUUUACAUGGAUGAAAAGAUUGCAAAGUUGCAAUGCUUGGGUUCUGAUGGAUCUGAUUUGAAGUGGGAUGAAGGAUUUAACAUUGGUACAGUUGCAAGAGGGAAAGUUGAGGAUGUUAAGGAUGUCGGUCUUGUUAUAAGCUUUGAGAAAUGCAAUGAUAUUUUUGGUUUUAUUACCAAUUAUCAGUUAGCUGGAACAAUUGUGGAGAGAGGCUCUGUAGUGGAAGCAUUAGUUCUUGAUGUUGCAAAGGCAGAACGACUUGUUGAUUUAAGUCUGAAGCCUGAGUUCAUUAAUAGAUCUAAAGAAAGAAAUUCCAUCAGUCGUACCAACAAGAAGAAACGUCAAAGGGAGGCAUCGAAGGACUUGGUAUUGCAUCAGAUGGUGAAUGCAGUAGUGGAAAUUGUAAAAGAAAAUUACUUGGUUGUAUCAAUUCCAGAUAAUGAUAGCACAAUUGGGUAUGCAUCAGUAUCUGACUAUAAUACACAAAGGCUUCCUCAUAAACAAUUCCUAAAUGGGCAGAGUGUUGUCGCAACUGUUAUGGCUCUUCCAAGCCCUGAAACAUCAGGAAGGUUGCUUUUACUUCUUAAUGAGGUCAAUACAUCUAGUUCUAAAAGAACGAAGAAGUCUAGUUAUAAAGUGGGAUCUCUGGUUGAGGCCGAGAUUACUGACAUCAAAUCUCUUGAGAUGAAACUGAAGUUCGGAUUUGGUAUACAUGGCAGGGUUCACAUAACAGAGGUGCACGAUGCAAAGGUUUUGGAAAAUCCAUUCUCUGGCUACAAAAUUGGGCUAAAAGUGACAGCAAAGAUUGUUGCAAAACCUAAUGAAUCAGAUGGCAAUAGGAAGGGCUCACGGUGGGAGCUAACAGUCAGACCAGAAAUGAUUGCAGGUUCCAGUGAUAAAGGUGAUGUUUCUGAAAAUCUUGACUUUAAAAUUGGGCAAUAUGUGGCUGGUUAUGUAUAUAAAGUAGAAAGCGAAUGGGUCUGGUUAACAAUAUCUCAAAAUGUAAGGGCUCAGCUAUAUAUUCUUGAUAGUUCUGUGGAACCCCAUGAGCUUGAGAAUUUCCAGAAUCGGUACCAUGUUGGGCAACCUGUUUCUGGUCAUGUUCUAAGUAUCAACCAGGAGAAGCAGCUAUUGCGGUUGGUUCUACACCCGUUUUCUGCUCUCCCUUGCAGAACUAGUGAGGAGCCACAAAUUAAUUCUGUGGAAAAGGAUUUAACAGCAUAUGUUCAUGAAGGAGAUAUUUUAGGUGGAAGGGUUAGUAAAGUACUUCCAGGUGUUGGUGGAUUGCUUGUCCAAAUUGGUCCUCAUGCAUAUGGAAGAGUACAUUUUACUGAACUUUCAGACACUUGGGUGCCUGAUCCACUGUCUGGAUAUCAUGAAGGGCAGUUUGUCAAAUGUGUAGUUCUUGAAGUCAGCCACACUGUCAAGGGUACUAUUCAUGUUGACUUGUCAUUGCGGUCUUCCAAUAUAAUGCUUUCUCAGAAUUCUGCAGAUCAUCUGGAUAAAUUUGUGUCGAAUGCUAAGGGCAAAUGUGUGGAGAAGAUUGAUGAUCUUCAUCCUGAUAUGAUUGUAAAGGGUUAUGUUAAGAAUGUCACACCAAAAGGAUGCUUCAUUUUUCUCUCACGAAAGAUUGAUGCCAAAAUUCUUCUAUCCAAUUUAUCUGAUAAUUAUGUCAAAGAUCCAGAGAAAGAAUUUCCUGUUGGAAAACUUGUAAUUGGCAGGGUUAAAUCUGUGGAGUCUCUUUCAAAUCGUGUUGAAGUUACACUGAAGACAUCAGCGAUUUCCAAUCGACCAAAAUCUGAGAUUAUUGAUUUGACUAAAUUUCAUGUCGGAGAUGUUAUAUCUGGCAAGAUUAAGCGGGUUGAGUCAUUUGGUUUAUUCAUUGCAAUUGACAACACAAACAUGGUUGGGUUGUGCCAUGUAUCAGAGAUUUCUGAUAACCAUAUUGAGAACAUUGAGGCAAAGUAUAGAGCUGGAGAGAGAGUAAAUGCAAAAGUAUUGAAGGUGGAUGAAGAAAGACACAGAAUUUCUUUGGGAAUGAAGAAUUCAUAUAUGAGGGAUGAAGCUGUGCUUCAAACACCAUCAAAGGAAGGAUCUGAUGAACCUAUUGCAGAUGGGAUGAAGUCUUUGACUUUUAUCAAUAGUAGUUUUCUUGGAAGCUCAAAUAUAGAUGUUGAGGAUGAAAUUGAUCAAUUCCCAAUUCUUUCACAAGCACAACAAAGGGCAGACGUUCCUCCACUUGAUGUUGCCCUUGAUGACUUUGAUCAAUUUAAUGUAAAUCACACUAUUAGUCAAAGUGAAGAACAUGCAAAGGAAGAAGACACAAUAAAUGAAAAGCAUAAGAGGCAUGAAAAGAAGAAAGCAAAGGAGGAGAGGGAGAAACAAAUAAGAGCUGCUGAGGAAAGGCUACUGGAGGAGGAUGUACCAAGAACUGCUGAUGAGUUUGAAAAGCUGGUCAGAAGGUCUCCUAAUAGCAGUUUCAUCUGGAUAAAAUACAUGAAUUUCAUGAUUUCUAUGGCUGAUAUUGAGAAGGCCCGCUCUAUUGCUGAAAGGGCUCUGAGGACAAUAAAUAUUCGAGAAGAGAACGAGAAGCUAAAUAUCUGGAAGGCCUACUUUAAUUUGGAAAAUAAGUAUGGAAACCCUAGAGAGGAGGCCGUUAUGAAAGUAUUCCAAAGAGCACUACAGUACAAUGAUCCCAAAAAGGUCUAUCUAGCACUCUUGGCAAUGUAUGAGAGGACCGAGCAGCAUGAUUUAGCUGAUGAACUUCUCAAUAAAAUGACAAAGAAGUUCAAGCAUUCUUGCAAAGUUUGGUUGAGGCGUGUACAAAAUCUUUUGAAGAAAAAGCAGGAUGGAGUUCAACCUCUUGUCAAUCGAGCUUUGUUAAGCCUUCCACGACAUAAGCAUAUUAAAUUCAUCUCUCAGACAGCAAUUCAUGAAUUCAAGGCUGGGGUUCCAGAUCGAGGGCGAUCCUUGUUUGAAGGAAUUCUACGGGAAUACCCAAAGAGAACAGAUCUGUGGAGUGUUUAUCUUGAUCAAGAAAUUCAACUUAAAGAUGAAGAUAUAAUUCGUGCACUGUUUGAAAGGGCAAUUAGUCUGAGCCUCCCACCUAAAAGGAUGAAGUUCUUAUUUAAAAAGUAUCUUGAUUAUGAGAAGUCCCACGGUGAUGAAGACCGUAUUGAAUCCGUGAAGAGGAAGGCAAUGGAAUACGUUGAGAGUUCUAUGGCUUGAUACAAAAUCAUUCUCUAGCUUUGAAAUUUUCAAUUAGCGGCCAUUGCAGAGUCCUAAGUGGAUAUCUGAAGUCGAGUUUGCGUUUGUGGAUGCAUGUUAACCCGGGAAACAGGAUGAGUCUGGGCUGGUUGCCUCUGUAAAUUUUAGUGGUUCAAACGCUAUUUGAUACACUGCUGAUUGGCUCUCUGCAGCAUAACGAGGGCAUGGAUGAAAGCUUAUAAGGUGAGAUGUGAAUGCACCAAAAUAUGAAUUGCAAGAGAAUGACGGAUCUUGAUUUUGGUUACUCAAUUUGGUGGUGACUGGUGAGGUUUGAAUUUAGGAGAUAAUAUAGGUCACUGUAUUCUCUGUCUCCUGCCCAUUUUUUUACUUUUGGGCUGUAUUUUUUCAGCUUGACGAUAGAUUUGUAGCAGUACACAAAAAAUCAUGGAUGCUUAGGGCUAACAGGCUAGACUAUGCUGUAAUUUUGGAAUAAUUCUUUUAUUGCAAUUAAUUGAAAAUGUACUCAUUAUUCUGUCGCAUCGCUAUGCUUACGUUCAUAAAUGAGGUAUUAUCUACUUUAUGUCCACAUUAUUG